AUGUCGGCCACUUACAACCCCGAUGCCACCCUUGAUGAUGCAACUUGGGUGGCAGUCUUGCUGAGUGAACGAGAUGUCGCCGGCCAAAUUCCUAUCAACUUCGUCACCAACCCAGCUGUGUCAUUAUCCUCGGCAUGUUUUGGGAAUGGUCUUUACUCUCGAGACAAUGCAAUUAAUUGCAUCUCCAAUCUACUCGCUGUGGGUUUCCGCCGACUUGCACUCGAUUUAUACUGGUCCGUGGAACGCCGGUCAUGGUCCUUUUGUCCCGUCACCAUCCCCACUAGCGCAGACGUUUUUGUUUCAGAGGUGGAGGUGACAUUGACGACCGAGGGCCCCGAGUCAACAUCUACAAUCACAAAAAGUGAGCCGGCUACCUCGACUACCGAUGUAGAGUCACCGACCAUCACCGCGUACUCCGAUUCCGAUGGAGAGACAGUAUAUGAAUUAGGUCCAUAUAGAUGUACCGGUGACUUGGAUAUUAGCAUCAUAUCAGAUAUACUGGUCGGAUAUUUUCAAAGCACAAAACGGGAUUUACUAGUAUAUACCAACCAUCUCGUCUUGAAUCUCCAUGUGGCCGCCAGUGAUUCCUCCCCGACGAAGCCACACGCCGCCGUGAAGGGAAGCGACCUACCCAAAGGGCAAUCGGAACGGAUCGGUGCGCUAUUCAAUGCUGGCCUCUAUUCUUACCUCUAUAGUCCAGCGCAACUGGCUGAGGAUCGUAAGAACCUAAACGAGUCAUGGUAUGAAGUUGAAGAAAGCUAUAUGCCGAUCACGGAAUAUUUUACCAUUCAUGAGGACAAAUCGGGUCAACAGAGCACCCCGGAUGGAUGGCCCUCAGCGAAGUACAUCCAGCUUGCAAAAUCAGAUCGUGUUCUUAUUGAAUACGGCUCGGUGGCUCCGCAACUAGCCGACUAUAACUUGACCAAAGAUGGGGACGCUAUCUUUCCUCCAGGCUAUAUGACCUCGGCAGUCAAUGUGUCCACCACCACAAAUGGCACUAUGAAAUCCGGCUGUCUUUACAAACCUCAAGCAACAGAUGUGUCCCAGGCCAACUCAUCGUGGGCGAUGUCCAACAGCAUCCCCGUGCCUGCCGGCCUUUCUGCUGACAACACGAUGGUGUCAUUGAAUAACCUCAUAUCCGACAUCACAGCCUGCGGCAUGUCACCCAUGCUGAACAGCACCCUCUUUAGUGAAACUGCCGAUGCAGACAUCUCUCGCUAUCGCAACAUUUCCCUCGCAACCGGGUGGGCCUGGGCAGUCGGUGAGCCUGCAGGUGCCGGCACCGGCGGCGGCACAUCUGAUAUGCCCGCAUUUGAUCGAUGCGCAAUCACAGACCUCUCGCUCGGCGGCCGCUGGCGUGCCACCAACUGCAGCGAAGAACGCCGUGCGGCAUGUCGAGUUGGUAAUUCACCAUUUUCCUGGACUCUAUCCAAUUCCACUGCCGAAUACCGCGAAGUUGGCAACGGCUGCCCUUCCGGCUCUUCUUUUGCCGUUCCUCGCACUGGUCUUGAAAACCAUUACCUUUAUAAAUACCUCAUUGACCAAGAUAAAUCUAUCAUCGACCCGACUUCGACCGAUCUAUCCCGCCGCGAAAUCUACAUCAAUUUCAACUCAAUCGAUAUUACCUCCUGUUGGGUCUCUGGCGGCCCUGAUGCUCUCUGUCCUUACGCGUCUAAUCCGCAGCAACUGGAGCGCAAGGCAGUUCUCGUUGCCGUUGUUGCUGCGGUUAUUAUUUUGCUAGUUACCGCGUUGACGACGUUCAUCAAAUGUAAUGCGAACCGUCGUAACUCGCGCCGGCGGAAGCGUGUCAUUGAAGGAUGGGAAUACGAAGGUGUUCCUUCCUAA